AUGGACCAUGUCAGUGGAGAGGAAGAGAUACCUGCAGGAAGGCAAGGUGCUGGACUAUUGACCACAGGCUCAUACUUCCAACUCUGCUCCUUUAAUGUAUGCUGUUGGUCAUUUGAUUUUUCAGAUGAAAUCCCCACAGUUGUGGGGAUCUUCAGUGCAUUUGGCCUGGUCUUCACAGUCUCUCUCUUUGCAUGGAUUUGCUGUCAGAGAAAAUCAUCUAAGUCUAACAAGACUCCUCCUUACAAGUUUGUGCAUGUGCUUAAGGGAGUUGAUAUUUACCCUGAAAACCUAAAUAGCAAAAAGAAGUUUGGAGCAGAUGACAAAAAUGAAGUAAAGAAUAAACCAGCUGUGCCAAAGAAUUCACUGCAUCUAGAUCUUGAGAAGAGAGAUCUCAAUGGCAAUUUUCCCAAAACCAACCUCAAAGCUGGCAGCCCUUCUGAUCUGGAGAAUGUGACCCCAAAGCUCUUUUUAGAAGGCGAAAAAGAAGCAAUUUCCCCUGAUAGCAUAAAUUCCAGCACUUCCCUUACUUCAGAAGAGAAACAAGAGAAGCUGGGAACCCUCUUCUUUUCCUUAGAGUACAACUUCGAGAAAAAAGCAUUUGUGGUAAAUAUCAAGGAAGCCUGUGGCUUGCCAGCCAUGGAUGAGCAGUCGAUGACCUCCGACCCAUACAUCAAAAUGACAAUCCUCCCGGAGAAGAAGCAUAAAGUGAAAACCAGAGUGCUGAGAAAGACCCUGGAUCCAGCUUUUGAUGAGACCUUUACAUUUUAUGGGAUCCCCUACACCCAGAUCCAAGAAUUGGCCUUGCACUUCACAAUCUUGAGUUUUGACAGGUUUUCAAGAGAUGAUAUCAUUGGGGAAGUCCUUAUUCCUCUCUCAGGAAUUGAAUUAUCUGAUGGAAAAAUGUUAAUGAACAGAGAGAUCAUCAAGAGAAAUGUUAGGCCACGUCUGGAGUCUCGGAGACGAGCUUUUCAGAGGAGCCAAAACAGGAACAGGGGUGGCAAAUCACCGUGCGAGGGCGAGAGGACCUCCCUCUUUGCCUCCUCCCGGUUGCAGGCGCUGGUCCCCUGGGCGCUUCGCUGUUGUUUGCAGCACUCUGAAAGCCGGCGCUUCAGAUCCGGAUGUGCCAUUGCAGAUCCCUACGUCAAAGUGAACCUGUACCAUGCCAAAAAGAGAAUCUCCAAGAAGAAAACUCAUGUGAAGAAAUGCACCCCCAAUGCAGUGUUCAAUGAGCUCUUUGUCUUUGAUAUUCCUUGUGAGGGUCUUGAAGAAAUAAGUGUUGAAUUUCUGGUUUUGGAUUCUGAAAGGGGGUCCCGAAAUGAGGUGAUUGGGCGGUUGGUCCUGGGUGCAGCAGCAGAAGGAACCGGUGGAGAACACUGGAAAGAGAUCUGUGACUACCCCAGGAGACAAAUUGCCAAGUGGCAUAUGCUCUGUGACGGUUAACAUCCUAGCCAUGAGUUGGAACUUAAGGAUUUUUACUAGGCAAGGAGAAAUUUUCUUUCUUUCUAUACUGGAUUGCAAGCUUAUGACAGCAAGCUAUCUUUUUCUGUUGUUGUUAAGAAAUGGAUUGAAUUAGUAGACCAGAAAGUAACUGUAAAUGUGUAUCACGAUAAUUUCCCCCUUUAUUAGAGGAGUUGGAUAAAUUUUCAUAAGACACUCAAUUUCCCCUGUAGAUUACCAGUGAUAUAAAUAGGAAUAGUCAAGCAUUUUAUGAAUACUGCAGCAGAAUCCCAAAUUAUAAAUGUGACAAUUACAUCAGAACAUGUCACAGUAAAUCCCUAUGAUUGUUAUGAUUUAAAAAUGAAAAGCAUGGCUACUCUUAUGAAAAUUCAUCCGUUUUUCUUGAGGUUGGGGAAAUCGAUUUUUCUUUAAAUCCAAAGAUAUUAAAGAAAUGUUCUCUAGUUUGUUUUUAGUAGUUAUGUCAUGUGUAAAUGAUUGUCCUGCAUAUAAAAGUAUCUGGUCAUUUCUCUUUGGUUUGUAAUUAUUUGAUACAAUCUUAUCAUAAGAGGAAUAACUUAGGUGCAUUUUAAAAAGGACAGUGAACAAGCUAAAAAAUUAUUUUAUCAAAGGGCUGAGUUGAAAACACUGUGGCUGAAAUAUGAUUUUUCUUCCCCCUAAGGUUACAUGUGAGUCAAAAUAUUGUAAAAUAUAAUCUCACAUAAGAACCAUGGCCUUGAAUUAUUCACUGCCUGUGACAAGCCUCAGUGUGUCCUAAGAAACCCUUAUUUACCUUCAUGAAAUUGUCAAAUUAGCUA